AUGUCGAAGAAUCAGAUAAACCCUACGAGGUUGAAAACAUCACUAAAGAUGUGUCUCUCUAAACUUCAAUAUACUCAAGAAAAGCAAACCGCGAUGGCUAAACAACAACGGCGAAACAUUUCCCAUUUGUUAUCGCAGGGUAAGGAGUCGCUGGCUAAAAUUAAAGUUGAGAAUAUUAUACGGGAUGAUAUAUAUAUCGAGUUGAUGGAAUAUCUAGAGUUGUAUGUUGAGUUAUUGCUUGCUCGACUCGGUAUGAUCAUCAACAACACAGCAACCAAUAUACCAACAACCACUUCAUCUAACUUAAGUGACGAGAGCAAAAAUGACAAACAAUUUAAUAAUGCAACGGUCUGCGAUCCAUCACUACUCGAACCAAUACAAUCAAUAAUAUAUAGUGCGCCACACACCGACCUUAAAGAAUUAGUGACAUUAAGAGACAUUUUGGUUUCCAGAUAUGGCGUUGAAUUUACAAGAGAAGCAAUGGAGAAUGGUAAAGGGUAUAUUUCCGAGAAAAUUAUUAGAAGAUGUGGAUACGAUCCACCAAGUGAAGAGUUGGUGGAUUUGUACCUCUGUGAGAUUGCAAAGACUUAUGGUGUGCCAUAUUCAGGACUCCGUCUUCGUCUCGAAGACGAGGUGGAGGAGGUGGUGGAAAAUGAAGGUGAGCAAGGUGACCAUAAUAAUGACGAUGCCAAUAACAACAACAACAAUGGAGGCGGGGGAGUUGGAGAAAAAAACAAGGAGAAUCCUAUUGCUGAGAAAGUAGACGAGAUGAAAAAGAAAGUUGCAAACAAUGGUGGUAUUAAAGAGAAAGACGAAAAGCCACAGGACGAUUUUGAUGCAUUGAGAGCUAGGUUUGCUGCAUUGAAAGGAACUCCAAAGUAG